AUUAUUGAUGAAAGUAAUUUGGUCGAUAACUUAGAGAGUCCAUCCAUAUCAUUGGACGGCUACGAGAAAUAUCUAGAUCAGACAUUCCUUCCAUACGUACGCAAAAUUGUCCAAGCAAGUUCAAAUGCAGUCAAGGAAAAGGAGCAGGGAGAACGAUUCGAGGACUUCUGCGCAUAUCUUGGGAAAAGUUUACAGGACGUCCCUAUCCCCGAUGAGGUAUUCAUGCUUGUCAUUACAUAUAGUAGAAAUUAACGCGGUAUAUAGCGUUAGAUAGCCUACAUAUUUGUCGGCUGCCAACAACAAUGGAUGAUUCCAGCUAUAGACUAAAUUUUGAUCUAAGCGAGAACUACAAAAUCCAUCAUCACAGCUAGAAAGAGCAUGGUAAAAUUAGUCUAAAAUUUGGCCACAAGAUGUUGUAAAAUGCGGAAAAUAUUAGAGCUGCGAAAUUUUGUAUUUGUAUUACGCGCGGGAAAAUGCAUCACAUUUGGGCUGAAAGUGGUGCAUUUUCCCGCACGUAAUACAAAUUAAUACAAAAUUUGAAAAUUUCGUAGGGCUAUCAAUUUUCCCCAUUUUACAACAUUUCGCAAUCAAACUUUGCAAUUUUACUAAUUUUAACAUGCUCUUUCUAGCUGUGGUGAUGGAUUUUGUUUUUCUGGCCGAGAUCAAAAUUUAGUCUAUAUAGACUGGAAUCAUCCAUUGUUGUUGGCAGCCGACAAAUAUAGUAGAUAGGCUACCUAACGCUAUACCGCGUUCAUUUCUACUAUAUGUACUAUAUAGUAGAAAUUAUAUGAAACUACUAUAACCAAAAGCCAAACUAUAUAUCUAUAGAUUGUAUCUAUAUGUAACAUAUAUGUGUACAUGCAGUUCAUGCUCUAUACUAUAAUUCUAGCUAUGACGUUUUCCACAAUUAAUGCAUAAAUGCAUAAAAAACGAGCAAUUGUAUUUUUCUUCAUGUUCGUUUGCAGUCUUUAAAGAAAUGUGUUCGGAAAAAUGUCACAGCAAGAUAUGAAAGAAACCCUUGCAUUCAUGUAAUCCUGCCAGAUUUGCUGAAAUUGAUAGAAGAUAGGCUGAAACCUGCCAUAGUGUCGUUCAACCAAUCAAAGUUGAGGAAAUCGAUCGGUCAUUAUGAUGGAACAUCUGUUGACCAUACUGCCAUCUUUGAAGGAGUGCAACGACGAUGUGUGAAAAUACCAAGGAGCAUUAUAAAUGACGACGUCCUUCAGCUGAUUGAUAGAGGUAAAGGACACUCCACCCCCAGAACAAGUGUCGCUCAUAAGAAAGCUUUAUAUGAGCCUACCUUGGAAUGA